AGCAGCUUUGCUUGGGCUGUGGAGGAAAACCAGAAAAACCUUUAGCCACUUUUGCUUGGUUUUUGGUGCGUGCGGGAGCGUUUCAGUAGAUGUUUUGCUGAAGCGCUGACCUAAAGGACAUUCGGGUGAGGACUAAGCCCAAAAUGCCACCGGUUUUAUUGCCCGGACCGGGACAUUUCUCCUUCCCGGUCACCUGCGGCAAGGGCGAUCUAUGCGGCCAUAGUGCCUACGCCGAGAGGGGGCGUGGCCCGAGCGGGGGCGUGGCUUAGGCAUGGAGGGGCGUGGCCUGUGUGCCGAGGGACCGGGGGCUCGGGUCCCCGUUGCCAUGGCGCCGGGGGUGGGGCCAGCCGCGCGCCUCAUGGAGGCGGUCGCCGCUGUCGUGGCGGAGCCCCCGGUACCACCAGAGACCAUCCGGCGCUGGCUGCGGGCCGAGGGCGCCGACCCCGCCGCCCCGGCCGAGGAGCAGCUGGGCCUGGCCUGGCGGCUGCUGCGCCGCGCGGAGACCCGGCUGGGAGAGCUGGAGCGGCGGCGGGCGGAGGAGAUGAGAGACGUGGAAAGCUACGUGGGCCACGUCCGUCACCUGACGGAGGAACGCGACGCUCUGACCACCGAAUAUGAGAAGGAAAACGAGCGGCUGAGGCUGGAGCUGGCGCGGCUGCGGCUGCAGCAGGAAGCGCAGCUGGAGGAGGUGGAGGAGAUGCUGGAGCAGGAAGGCUUGUCCGAAAUCGCUCGCAGCAACACCAGCGAACAGAUCGCCUAUUUGCUGGUGGAGAGGACGGCGCUGCUGGAGAAGCUGGAGGCGGCGGCCGAGCAGCCGGACCCGCGCGGCCGCGCAGCCGGGCUGAGUGCGGCACAGGAUGAGUUUGAUCCCGUUCAUCAGACAUUAGAAGACCAACUCCAACAACAGCCCGGAUCCCCGCAGCUUCCUGCAGAGACAAUGAGCAAGUCCUACAGGGAAGAGCUGGCGAGGGAACGAGCAUCACGUGCAAGAUGCAAACGAGAUCUGGAUGAGGCCACACAGAGGCUGCUGGUGGCCCAGGAGGAGAUCCAGAGGUUGUUGGAUGAGCUGGAUGUGCAAAGAGAGGAGCAGAGCAAGAGAGGAUUUACCUCGUGUCCGGCCCCGCGAGCGCCUGAGAGCGGGGACCAGGCACUGAGCGAACGCAUAGAGCACCACAGGGCUGAGCUGCGGGAGGCCAUGGAGCACAACAGCAAACUGGACAAGGAGAUCCUGGCGCUGCGAGCUCGGGUCCAAACGCUGGACUUGGAGAGAAAAGCCUUCCUGGAUCUGGUUGAACAGCUGAAAGAGGAGAUCUGUGAGUAUCAGAAGGGCGAGAAGCCAGCGCUGCCAUUGCCUGCGCCAGCCGAGGCUGAAGAAGCCGCCGUGUGCUCACUGCAGCCACAGGGCGCGAAGGAUGAGGGGAGGGUUGAAGGAGACCACGUUUCAGAUCAAGAAGACCGAUACCAGAGCAGCGAAACACUCCAUAAAAGGUGCCGAGAGGUGAUUGAAAACAUCGAGGGCAGGAACUCCCAGCUCCUUCACAAGCUGCAGAAGCUGGAGCCGGAGCACGAGGGUUUGGUUGGGCGCAGCGAAGAGCUGGAGUCGGCUCUGGGAGAGAUGCAGAUCCAAACCAAGCAGGAGAAGGAACAGCUGGAGAGUGAGGUGGAGGGACUUCACUGGAAAAUCACAAGUCUGGAAACAGAGUUGCUGGAAGUGCCCAAGAACAAAAGUGAGAUGAGUGGGGAAGAGCAGGCAGCGGCUGGAGCACAAGAGAUGCAGGAGAUGCUGGAAAGUUGUCAAGAAACGAUAGAAAAGUUGGGAAGUCAGCUGGGGGAACGGAGAGAACGGAGAAAGCAACUUGCAUCUGAGCUUGAACUGUUACGAGAAGAUCUGAAGGCCGAGAAGAAGGUGUUGGGCAGCCAGGUCUCUGACCUCCUCCAGGAAAACGAACAGAUUAACGAACUGGAGCGGAAACACGAAGAUGUGGGUAUAGAGGAGAGGACGCCUGAAGAGCAGAUGGCUAGAGCCGUGGUUUUGGAAGAACAGAUCAAACACUUGAGGGACGAACAAGAACUGCUCUGUUCUGAAUUACUGGAAAGCAACAAGAAGAGGGAGGAGCUAGAAAAGCAGCUAAAAGAGAGCAACGAAGAGAAACGGUUGUUACUGGAGGAGAUUGCCCGGCUAAAACACAAUCUCCUGACUACCCGGGAGCCGGGCGGCAGAGAAGAGACUUGGAGGAUGGAUCAAGGCACGGUGCAGAGAGAGAACAGGUUUCUCGUGUCGCAGAGCUCUGCAGGCAGUUUAGAUGGGAGCGUUAAGCAGGGUCCGUCCGACGAGAGGUUCCAGCAGCAGGAGGACAGAAUGCAGCAGCUGCGCCAGGACUUGCGGCGCGUUCAGAACUUGUGCAGCUCGGCCGAGAGGGAGCUGAGAUACGAACGGGAGAAGAACGUCGACUUACAAAAGCAGAACUUCUUGCUCCAGCAGGAAUGCAGCAAGGUCAAAGCUGAGCUGAAGCAAGCCCGCGCAAAGCUCUCGGACACAAAGGAGACGUGCUCCUCGCUCUCAGCCCAGUGGGAAAAGAGCCAGCAGAAGGUCAAAGAACUCGAACAAGAGCUGCUGAGGUGCUCCCAGGCCGAUAAACUGCAGAGCAGCCUGCAAGAGAAACUUGCACAGGAGAAAUCCAAAGUAGGCGAAGCACAGAAAAAGAUUUCAAAACUCCAGCAAAAGCUGAAGGAUUCCCAGCACCAGCUCCUGCUGGCAGAGGCCCGUGUUGCAGACAAGAAGCUCCUGGAGGAGGAACUGAAGGAGGCCCGAGAAAAUGAAGCUCGUGUGCAGCAAGAACUUCACGAGGAGCAGCUGAAAAGGAAGCUCCUGGAGCAGCAGGUGGAGGAGCUGCAGCAGCAGCUCCGGCAUUCGCAGGAGACGGAGGCGUCGCUGGCCAAGAUGCACGUGGAGCUGCAGGCCAAGACUCUGCGCGUCCUGGAAGAUGAGAGGAAACCUGCCCCGAGCGAGCACCUCCAGUGUGAGAAGGAGAACCAGAAGCUUUCAGAGCAACUUUCGCUGCUGAAGGAGGAAAACAAAGCCCUUUACGAGGAAGGAGUCCGUCUCCUGAACCAGAAGGAUCUGUACAUCAGGAAAUACAACGAAAUGCAGCUUCGCCACAAAGACAAGAUCCGCCGAGCCAAGGAGACCUUUAUCCACGAGGUGAAGCAAAGGGACAGCAGAAUUAAGCAGCUUGAAAACGAGCUCAGCGAGUCAAAGCUGCAAGUGGAAAAGGGGAAGGUGCUGGUUGCGCAGGUGACGGCUGAGAACGAGAAGUUACUGCAGGAAAGGAGGCGGCUCCUCCAGAAGAUCAGUGCCCAAGAGGAGAGCCCGUGGAGCAGCCGGUCUGCGAUGGCCGCCCCGCAGAGCAGAGUGAAGCUCCCGGACGAGGAGAACGUGCGGCCGCACGAGGGCAAACUCCAGCUCUGCGGCCACGGGCAGCGCGCGCCGAGGAGCAGCCGGGCUCCCACCGCCCAGGACCCCAAGAGCGUUGACUUCUCCGAACGCCAACGGCAGAGUAAGGUGUUGCCAUCUCCCCGAGCCAGCUGCCCGUGGCGAGAACCGCCAGACGCCCUCGGCGCCCUGAAGGCCGCGGCAGACACGAAGCCUGAUGGAGAAGCUGAAAGCCAAGACUCCUGCGUUUGCUUAUCCCCCUCUCAGCCUUCCGAGAUCGGGUAUUUAAAUGUAGCUUCGCCCGGAGACACCGCGGCCUCCCAGCUGCAGGAGGAGAGUCCCAGCAUCAGCUCCGAGAACUUCUGAACCCAGAUAUUGGUAAAAUACCAGCUGGACUGCAAGGUUUGGGGCUCCUGGUGCUCUACGGUGGCGAGGGCUGCAGGGGCGGAACUGCCAAACGGACCGAUCUGGUGAUUUCGGUGAUAGAUUCGACAGCUUGUUUUCAGCUCACCCAACUGCAGGUGGAGUCUGGAACAGGCGCCCCAGGGAGGUGUCACGGCCCCACGCCUGACGGGGUUCAAGAAGAGACUGAGCAAGGUCCUCAGACACACGGUGUGGACUUUGGGGCUGUCCAGGAGUUGGACACAAGUGAUCCAGGUGGGUCCCUUCCAACUCAGGACAUUCGGUGACUCCAUGAGCUGUGUGUGCUCCCAGGCCCCUCCGCAGGCUGCAAUUUGGAGAUCAGCUCCGGGCAGCGGCAGAGGGGUGGGGCGAAGCGGAUCUUCCCCCCAACCCUAAUUUCUCGUCCAGUCUGACCCUACAAGCUUUGUAAAUAAAACUCGGAGAACUUCC